AUGAUGACUCAGUCAACGACAAAUGGUGAUAAAUUGGUACUUGGCUAUUGGGCUAUUCGUGGCCUGGCUGAACCAAUCCGGUUGGCUCUGCAUUAUGCCAAGGUAGCCUUCAUGGAUAAGAUGUACGAGCUCGGCGAUGGGCCAGAAUUUAAUCGCGAUGAAUGGCUUCGCGACAAAUUCGAACUCGGUUUGGUGGCUAAAUUCGGUACAAAAGUUAUUCAACCUAAGGCACUUGGUGCUUUACAACGGCAAGGCAGACUGAAAUGUGUCAUCUCACAAAAUUGUGAUAGUCUUCAUUUGCGAAGUGGUUUAAAUUCGACUAAUCUUGCUGAAUUUCAUGGCAAUAUGGAUUUAGAACUGUGCUUCAAAUGUGGAACGAAACAUUUACGUGAUUUUGAUACGGUUGGUAUUCGAAGUCAUUCUACAGGACGUCAAUGUGAUAAGCGAAAUUGUCGUGGUCGAUUAAAAGAUUCGAUUAUCGACUUCGGCGAAGAUUUACCACAAGACGCAUUGGGCAAGGCUUUUGAUCAUGCAGAACAAGCCGAUCUAUGUCUUGCUCUAGGCAGUAGUUUGACUGUUACACUAGCCGCUAAUAUUCCAGAACGUGUAGUAGAACGCAAACAAAAACUAGUGAUUGGCAAUUUACAACGAACACCUUUGCACAAAGUUGCUACACUUAAUAUUGAUGCAUUCAAUGAUGCUAUUAUGAAAGGUAUCAUGGAGCUAAUGAAGAUUCCGAUUCCAAGUUGGAUCGUUCGUCGACGAAUUCAUGUCACUAGUCAACCUUCUUCGAAUAAACAGAACCAAUACCGGAUUCUAAUUGAAGGCCGUGAUCCAGAUAAUGUAGAUAUUCCCUAUAAAUUGUUCGAACGAAUUCGAGUAAUUGUUGAUCAGAAGGUAAUUAAGCAAUGCCAGCGUCAACCGUUCGUAUUUGAUCUCGUUGAUAAGGAUCCACAACUGAUUAUUAUUCGACUGUAUUUCUUUGGACAUUACAAUGAAGUUCCUUUUAAGUUAAUUUAUCCGAAUCUGAAAAGUAUCCCAAAGGACGAACAAUUCUAUUUGCUCUAUGAUCGAUGAAAGGAAAAUGGAAAAAGACCAUUCACAGUGAUGAUUUACUAGUUUGAAUGCAUGUUUCUCAUCGAAAAUAAUGUAUCUCCAUUGAAAAACAUCAUAGAACUGUAUUUUUUUCAAAUGAUGCCUCGUUUAAUACUGUUAGGCUGUAAGUGUGGAUGUGGGUGAAUGGAAUAUGAUACUCAUGUUUGCGCCCACACCCACAGUAGCACUCCAAAGCCAUGUUGCAUAUUCACUUCUUUACAAUACAAAGACUUUCAAAAAUAAAGUCAAUUCUCCUCAAGGACGAUUUAGUUUUGAGAGCUAGUAAUUAAAUUGAACAUGAUAUUACAUUUUUAAAUUAGUUUACACAAAAAUCGUCUGAGUUUCAUCUAUUCGUGAAUGAAAUAAAAUACGAAGUCAAUCAUAGAAUCGAUAAUCAUAUUUUUUCCUAACUGUCGAUAGUCAGAUUUUCUUGUACUUAUUCAAAACAGUUUCUUUUUUUCUUGGUUGUUGUCUAUUCUUUUAAAGCUGUCGACUUAUGUACAUAACAGAGAAGUCUUACGUAUAGAGUGCCUCAUAAUUAUAAGACCGCCUACUGAGCUUUGAGAGAAAUAAAGAUUUCUUCAAAGAAACCAAGUUUCAUUUUCAAUCUAAUGUUAUAUUCAUGGAGACAUAGAAGUAAUCUACCAUGUUCCAAAUCGGUUUGAAUUCGAUCAACUAGCAUUGAUGAAUAAAUACAAAAACUUUUGAGUCUAUCCUGUUUCAUAAUUAUAAG